GGAUUAAAUUUCCGACCUUUUAAUUAAGGGACAAAACAGUGAAACACAAUGGCAACUCUAGAGGUUGCCAUAUAUCAUACAAUAUUUAUCGUCAUCCUUGUCAUUUCACUAUUUUUUUUUGGUAACUUAGCCAGAAAAAAGUAAGAACCAUUCAACGUUUCCUUCAUGAUUCAACUACAAUAUGGAAAAGCAAGCGAAAUAUCCUUUCAUCAAACCGCAGUUGAAAAGUCUCUAUUAUUGCUGCUGAAACCUUUAUAUACAAGUACGUCUCAGUAAUAUUAGUGGUUUACAAUCAAAGUUUUUCCAGAGGAAGGAAGGAUAACAUGAUGACGAUUCUGAAGAAUCCUUCGAAAAUCCUACAUCUGUGUAGGAAAUGGGCUUCGGAUCUCGAUUUUAUGAAGCUGAUACUGCUACUCCCACCACUUCUCUUCAUUGUUUAUGUGUUCUUCUGUUCUGUUUCUAGUAAUCCUUUUUCGUAUUUGGGGGUCAGUGUUCACAGUUCUGCUUCAACGACUUUCUCUAUAACUUUUGCAAAUCAAACAGAAAGGAUACGUCAUAUAGAAGAGCUGAAUCGAUCAAGAAUUGCCGUGUGUUUAGUAGGUGGAGCUCGAAGAUUUGAACUUACUGGACCAUCAAUUAUACAGAAAGUUCUUAAUGUUUAUGCAAAUUCUGAUUUAUUUGUUCAUAGUCCUUUGGAUGAUAAAGCUUAUAAACUUUUACUGUUAAAAUCUGCUCGGAGUAUUGCCGGAGUUAGAAUAUUCCGGCCACAACCUAUGCCGGAAACUGAGUCACAACUCCGAGUUCUCACUGCUCAAAACUCACCUAAGGGUAUACAGGGAUUGCUGCAAUAUUUCAAUCUGGUAGAGGGUUGUUUGACGAUGAUCCAGGACUACCAAAAUCAGAACAACUUCACUUACGACUGGAUCAUCCGAACAAGAGUUGAUGGCUACUGGUCAGUUCCAUUAGGCCCCGAAAACUUCAUUCCCGGUUACUACCUAGUCCCUCCAGGUUCCUCCUACGGGGGCCUAAAUGAUCGCCUUGGAGUUGGCGAUUACAAUACUUCAGUUGUUGCUCUUUCGAGGCUCUCUAUGAUUCCUCAGCUGGAUUCGGCAGGGCAUCGUCAGCUCAACUCAGAAAGCGCGUUCAAAGCACAACUUACAACUCAGAAUGUUCCUUACCUAACUAUGCGCUUACCCUUUUGCGUGGUAACAGAUCGUCAGUAUGAAUUUCCACCCUCCCAUUAUGGUGUUCCUGUUGCAGCACUUUCUAGCCGAGGCCCCUUAAGUGGAGCCAAAUGCCGGCCUUGCACGCCUGCAUGCACCGGGUCGUGCGUUGAGCCCACCAUGAGUAUACUAGAUAAAGGAUGGAGCUGGACGGAUUGGGCUAAUAACUCAAUUGAGCUAUGUGAUGCUCACACCGAGUGGGAGAGCGGAUGGGAGAAAGUAUUCGACAGAGUGGCAGGUAAAAAACUUGCGGCAGCCAGAAAGAGAAUUGAAAGCUUGAAAUUGGAUCAAUGUGUUAAGGAAUUCGCUGAGAUGAUGAAUAAAACCGCACAUUGGGAGGCUCCAUCAGGGUCAGAAAUAUGUAGUUUAGGUUUGUUAAACUCUCCCAGAAGCUAGAAGUAGUAGUAUAUUAGUAUUGAGUUACUAUAUAUUGUUUGAUUUCUUGAAAAGUCCCGGCAUACAUAGCGGAUUUUGUAUUUUGUAUAGGUUAAACAGGUAGAAAUGUUGGCAUGAAUGUAGCAAAGGGGAGAAAUCAGAUGUUCUUAGUUUGGAACCUAAAAAAUUUCGAGGAAAUGAGAUCUCUUGGCCGCUCA